UGCGUGGUAUACCAAAAAAAAAAAGUAGUACUUAAAAUUAAAAGAAAAAUAGUAUGUCAUCACCGGGACUUGCCAGUAACCGGUGAUUGAAAUCCACAAUGGCACGGGGAACAGGACCAUGGCGUGGCAAAACCGUGCAAAGAUUUGUGUUCUGUCUGCGUGGCGUUGGCUGCUACAUUCAUUCUUUGAUUGGGGGUUACGAGAGGAGCGGAUAGAGAGAGAUAAUGGGAAGAGUGUUUUUGGUGGAUUUGGGAAACAGGACACACUACAGAUGCCGAUUCUGUGAGAGUCAUCUUGCUCUGAUCGACGAUGUUCUCUCCCGGGUACUCCCUCUUUUUUCUUUUUUUUUUUUCUGUGAAAUCAGCUGAUUGAACCCUGGAAAUUGGAAUUACCUUUUAUGGGACUGUGAAAAGGAUCUGACUUGCUCACCUCGUUGUCUUAUUCCUUUAUAUCAAGCAAUUGAUUUUAAUGUUGGUAGAUGUGAAAUGGGUAUUUAGGGUUUUCUAGAAAUUUGUGGUUUCAGGUGGGUAAUGCAGAGAGCCAGAUGUAAUCAGGAAUGUUCAAUUAUAGAUUGGUUGGUGUCUACCUGGAUGUGGAUUGUGGACCCUUCUUCAAUGAAUGAUAUCUCAAUUCUGAUGGCUUCAACAGUCCAAUAAGAUUACACUGAAUGACAAAAAUGCUAAAUUGUAUGUAGAAAACCAUUUUUACCAGUUCUGGGAAAGUCGAUAAUUUGGGUACUUGUGAGGCAUCAGAGAUUUCUGAGUAGCCCCGGAAUUCAGAAAAGAUGAUGGUGUAUAUGGAUUGCUUUAUUGUCUAAAUAUUGGGUUCAUUAAGCUGCAAUUCAUGAGGAAGACACAUAAGCAAUAACAAAAUUAGAGAUGAUGUGUAUACUAUUUAGGCUUGUGCUAAUUGUGAACUUUGAGAAUGCUAUGAUUAAAAAUUGGAUGAAAUG